UGCUGAUAUUUGAAGGGAUCUGCUCUGCUUGUUGAGGUAUGACUGUCUGAGCUUCACUGGUUACAUAACAUCUAGAUUGCAGGUUUCCUGGCUGAAAAUUAAUCAUAGCAUUGAACCACCCUGGAGGACCUUGGAUAGCAUCCUCCAAUCCUCCACAGGACCCACUGAUCACUACAACACAUAUAUCUUAUCUUACCACACUAUGUCCAAAUGCACUGUAAAUUUGGUUAGGACACUGUUAAGAAAGCAAUUUCCCUUUGCUGACGGAGCUAGACUAAUAAAAAAAGAAAAAGUAGUAGAAAAUGAUAAUUAAAUUAUCACGUGUUCUCGUUAAACCGACUCAGUCGAUGUAAUCGCUCAGCAAUUCUUCACUCCAUGAUAAAGCAGUGGCUCCCUCUCAUUAAGCACCUAGGCGCUCCGCGGCGCGCGGCUCCCACGCACUAGAUGAAUCUCUCGCGCUCUCAUCAGAAGCAUUGAACUACAGCAGUCGCGCGCAGCUCCUAACACCGACGUUCCGUCAUUUCCAUCAGCUGUAGGGGAUUCUUUAUCAGGGAAACCGUGCUGAAGCGAAGACUUCCGAAUCACUAAACGCCACAACUGUACUUUCAACAUGGACCCCAUCAACUGCUCAUCAGUGGAUCUCUCUGAUGUUCUGGCCAGCAAGAUGAGUCCCAGUAAGAUCCUCCUCUCCCUGACUCUCUCCUUCCUGGCUGUGGCGACCACCACCAUCAACUCCCUGGUCAUCACUGCCAUCCUGAUCACCCGCAAACUCCGCCAACCAGCCAACUACCUCAUCUGCUCUCUAGCUGUGACAGACCUUCUAGUAGCUGUUCUGGUGAUGCCCGUCAGUAUUGUGUACAUAGCAGAAGAGACAUGGGUCCUGGGUCCGAUCGUGUGUCACCUUUGGUUGGGUGUCGACGUUACGUGCUGCACUUGCUCAAUUUUACACCUAGCCGCCAUUGCGCUUGAUCGAUACCGUGCCAUUACAGAUGCCGUGGCCUAUUCCCAGAAGCGCACAUAUAAAAGAGCAAUCAUAACCAUUUUGGCCCUGUGGACACUGUCUGUGCUGGUGUCUCUACCACCUUUAGUGUGGAGGAAAUUCCCUGUGGAAUACAAAGAUGGGGAAAGGGAAGUCAUGGACUGCUUGAUUGAGCAUGACCAUGUGGCUUUCACGGUCUACUCCACUUUUGGAGCAUUCUAUAUUCCACUGACCCUCAUUUUGGUUCUUUACUACAAGAUCUACAAGGCGGCGGAGACGCUGCGUAACCGUCGAGGGAGCAGCCGAUUAGUUAAACAGACAGUGAGCAGCGUCAUGCUUCCUGGAAUGAGCUCCGAUAAAGACAUCGCCCUCAGUCCCGACACAUUCUGCCCAGUCGAGAAGUCAUUUUCCGAUCCGUCGACAGAUGGGGAAAGGGUGCGUUUUACUUCUUCAUCAGGUAAUCUCAUCAAGGUCCGCAGGAACCCUGGGGCCAGGGAGAGACGGGCGGCUUUGACAUUAGGACUAAUUCUGGGAGCCUUUGUGGUUUGUUGGUUGCCGUUCUUCCUGAAGGAGGUGAUUGUGAAUAUUUGCCCAAACUGCAGCACUUCUGCUGUACUCGCAGAUUUCCUCACCUGGCUUGGGUACCUCAAUUCCCUCAUCAAUCCGCUAAUAUACACCAUCUUUAAUGAGGACUUUAAGAAAGCAUUUAAAAGACUUCUGCCCCUCUGCUGCAGCAAUAUCAUGUGAAACUGACUGGGAGGGAAAGAAAAAUGUGGUUUUAAGGGACAAAACUUUCAAAUAACAAUGACAACCCUGUCAUACUCUAAAUCACUGGACUUCUGCAAAAAUUACAUCUUUCAGAGACAUUUCAUCAGUAUAUUGUUUAUAUAGUGCUGUGGAACAUGAGUGCAUGGAAAAAAAAAAGACAAAAAAAACACCCCUCUGCUCCACUUAAAGAUUUCAGUGUUUUUGAAAUGGAGGUUUUAUAUAAAAUUAAAAAGCGUCUGGUGCACAAAUGUUAUGAAAAUUGACUCCACCAGGGAGGGGGGUUGGCUGGUUAGCAUGGUCCAGUUGCCCCUACUGAUAUACUACACCAUCUGGUUCCCAAAACAAUUUUUCUUCAUUAACAGCCAUUCAAAAGUUGCUUGUGUAUACCGACAAAAUAAAAUUUUUGAAACAUAAA